GAUUUCGAUUACUGAUUUUUGUCAAAGAUAUCACCCCAUAUUUUUCAAGGCUUGUUGUUUUGAAAUUUUUGAUAAUUUGUUAAUGUUGUUCUUUUGCAACAUUGAUGUAUUUAUUUUUCUGCAUCUAAAACAAUAAAUUACUGAUAAGAACGGCUCUGUUUUAUAAGCUGCACAUUGUUUUAAAUUUUUAGCAUAUCGAGCCUCAAGGUUCUUAAAAGGCGAGUCCUUAUUUUCUUUAAAAAAGUGCAACCAGAACAAUUUCUGGUGGCAAAAACCUUUUAAUGGCUUGGAAAAGUAAACAUUUGAAGACGUGUAAAUGUGUUUCAUGUGGCACUCUUUAGAGGAUGAAACGUCAAAAUGAAGAUCGAAAUUCUUAAGUCCUGUGGCAUGAUGAUAACUCAAAUCCCUGCGCGUUUUGCAAGAAUUUAAGCAAUAUGACAUCAAAUUCAUUUCACAACGUAAAAUUGACCGUCAACGUAACACAGUGGAGGAGAAGACUUUUCUCAGGAGACAGGAAUUGGUUAAAUAGCAAGGGAAAAUGGAAAAAUCUGAGACCAAAAGGACUGCCUUGGAGUUUUUCAAAGAUUUGCUGCAAUCAAUUUUGGUGGCUGUUCGUCUCAACACACUUUUGGGAAACAGUCUUGCAACAGAUGAAACAUUACAGUUCCAGGUUGACAGUUUGCAAGCCUCGCUAGACAAAAGUCGAGCUGCCGAAGAAAAUUCUAUCAAAGAAAAAAGAGAGGCUGAAAGAGAUGCAGCAAGCUUCAUGUCAGAGCUUGAUCAGCUUAAAAUCGCACUGGAAAAAGCAACCUCCGGCGGAAAAGAGAAGGACAUCACAAUCCUUAAUCUUACAAAUGAGGUAUCAAAAGUCAAAAGAGAAAAGCAACUUGAAAUAGAAAGACGGCAUGAAUUGGAGCGACAAUGUGAACUCCUCGAGAGGGAACUCAGUGCUAAAGAGUCGGAAGUUGAGGAACUCUCAAAGCAGUUACAGGAACUGCAACAUAUCGAUAAAGCCCAGGAAAAUGCUGAUGAGUUGGAGGAAAACAAUGUUGAGCCAGAAACAACCGUAAAAGAACGACUUAGUGAAGAAACCUUUCUCAUUGAAGAUGGAAAAGAUCUUGAAAGACAAGAAAGUUGGGUAAUGGCUAAAGAUUAUGAAGAGGCAGACGUUGAUUGUCUCCGAAAUCAAGUCGAAUUUUUGCAAGAACAGCUUUUGAUGAAAGAGGAAGAAAAUCAAGGGCUUUUUGAGAAACUCGAGGAGCUGAGCAUAGUUUUCGAUUGCAACAUGACAAAAGAGAGUGGUACAAUCAGAGACAUGGAAACCUCGUCCAUGGACAUUUUCAAGAUAGAUAUAGCUGGAAUUAAUGAAGAGCCUCGCGGAAUUGCACGAAAGAUUUCUGCCAUGCAGAGCCAAAUAUUUGAAUUGGAGCAAGAGAAUGCCGAUCUUCGAGCAGUGGUCAGUGACCAGAAAACGAGUACUCUGUCAGCAGAAAGAAUUUCUGAAUAUGCCGUGGAAUCUCUUCGUGACAGUCUCGCGGAGCUUAAUGGGCAUCUUGCCAAGUCAGAGAAAGCACGCGAAGACAUUGCUAGGCAGCUUCGCGAUGAAAGAGAGAUUUAUAUGAUAUCGGAGGAUAAGUUGAAGAAGGAGAUUAAAAGCUUGAAAGACAACAUUGAAAGGUGCAAGGUACAAUGGCAGGAGGAAAGAGAAGGCCUGCUUGAAGAAGAAAGACGCAUGAAAAACGAAUUGGAAAUGUUUAAGAAUGAAGACAGGGUAUCUUUGAGUAACGAAGAUCAUCCGAAGGAAAGUGACUUUGCUAAGCAAAUAAGAGGCCUCGAAUUGGAGAUUGAAGACUUAAAUGAAUCCAUUAGUGCCCUACAAAACAAAAACAACAAUCUCGAAAGAGAGAAUAAAGACCUAGAAAACAAGAAUACAGUGUUAUAUGCAGAAAUACGCAAAGAAAAAGACCACUGCUCUGAUGUUGAAGAAACGAUGAAACAUGACAUCGAUUCAAUCAGAUCGUGUUUUGAAGAGCAAAUUGAGCAGCUGCAAAAGAGAAAUAAAGAAAUGGAAGGAAGACUCAAGAAAGAAUUUUCAGCAAGCCAGAGUUCACAGGACCUGCAAGUGCAGGUUGAAGACCUUUACAACGAGCUGGACGAGGUAAACAAAAUACUGGCUGAUGAGAGGUCAAAGAGAAAGCAACUGGAAGCAGAAAGUCUUGAGUUUAAAAGAAAGGAAAGAGCAUACGAGAAUGCAAUUGCUGCCAAAGUGGAGGCGGAAAAUAAAGAUGGAUUUCCAAACCUUAUGAAGAAGAGGUCAGAAAGAUGGAAUGAUGACUCUAUAGAGCUUCGAAAGAGGGUUGACGACCUUGAAAAGAAAAACAGAGAGCUGAGGAAUGCCCUUGAUAGAAGAGGUUGUUCUGUGGAGUCGAUAAAACAAGGAUACGAAAGCAAGUUAAGAGAGGAGCAACAGAGGAAGGGAGGAAGAGGACUUGCUACCCCAGAAAGAUCAACUCCUAGCAAUGAAGCAAUAUCGAGGAGCUCAAGUUGGAACACGCCUGUCAGUAGAGUUGGUUCCGUUACAGUGACUGAAUCGGAAUCUAGAAGUUCUGACAUAUCGUUGCAAACAUCAAAGAAUGAGACAAUAGCACAAUUGAAGGCAAAAAUCGUAGCAAUCGAGAGUGACAAAACAAUGCAAGCAAAACAAAGCCAAGCCAAGAUUCAAGCUCUGGAAGACGAGAUCGCAAUGUUGAAGCAACAUAUAAAAGGCCCUUCCACGAGUAAAAAGGGUGGUGCGCCAAACACUGUGGUUACACCGAGUAGGAAGAUAAGUUCAAAGGAAAGCCUGGAGAUUCAAACUUCAGCUGCACCGAAAGAAGAAGAAACAAAUUCAAAUGUCUCGAAGAUAGAAAAUUUGAAUUCUGUUGAAGGAUUAAAAGCGCUGGUCAAGGAGUUUGAAUGCGAGUCUUCUGAACUUCAGGAAAUCAUCGAUGAGUCAAAAGAAGCGAUAUUGGAGCUGAAGAAAGCUCUCCAAGGGAACGACGGCCUUUUCCUGGUCGACUCAGCCAACAUGGAAGAGAUUAAGAAGCUUGCCACCUUCUCAAAAACUGAUCUUGAUGAAAUUGAUAAUGGGAAUGCACAGAGAUCGAGUUUGCCUUCACACGAAAGAGGCGAGGUUCCUUUUGAAAAGCAAUCUUACAUCCUGUCGCGGUUGUCCUUGACUGACAUCGACGUCGACUCGGUUCUAAACAAACUGAGGAUUGCGGUAAGUCAGCUAGAAUCUCGAUUGGCAUCUGUGAAUAACGAAAGACAGCGGGCAGAAGCGAAGAUUCAAAAAAUUAAGAAGGUUGGAUCGAGAAAAACUGCUAGUCUGAUCAAUGUUUCGAAAAGUGCAGAUGAGCUCACGGCAAAACCAAGCAAUAAAUGCAUCCUCCAUGGUAGUCGAUCGGCAGUCAUCGACAUUGCACGCGAGAGAGAUGCAAUAAUAACAGACGGUACCAUCGACGAUAUAGCACACGAAGAAAACUUACGACCAAGGGAUGAUAAGAGCUUCCAGCACGGGGUGCGCUGCAAGCUUCUGUGGCAGCAGCUGUGUGACGCAAAAGCUGCAAUGUCUGGAUACGAGAGAGAGAUCGACAGGCAAAAGAAUGUUUACGAAAAAGAACUAGCAGAGUUGCAAGAGAAGGAAGGGACAGCGAAAAGUGAUGAAGUAUGUUCAAUGGAAGAAGAAAAAGUUCACAGAGUAGAGAUUGAGAGAAAAGAGGAAGCAAUAAGGGACUUGGAGAUGCAAUUACUGGAAGAAAGAAAGAGCUCAAUUGCAAUGCAUGAGGAAUUGGAGAACUAUCGAGCCCAGCUUGAUGAUUCUAAUGAGAAAAAUUGUAAAUUGGAGGCAAAACUAGAAGAAACAAGAGCAUUGUUGCUUAAACAUCAUAAAAGCAGUGACAAGAAACUCGAUAAUCUGAUGAAUUUCAUGCAAGAAGGGCUGAUAGAACAGAUGAAGCAGGCAAUAGAUGUAGAUGGGAAAAGGCUGGAGUUCACUAGAGCAUCCCCUUCUGAGCAACGAUAUCUGAUGCGCUCUGGAAGUAAGCAGAGCUCGCGAAACACAUCAUUCCAUUCGCCAGAGGAAGCAAUAAACGGAGAGCAUGCAGCGAAGAAGUCAAGGUCUCGCCGCAACAAGGAGAUGCAGAGGGUGACUGCUUCACGUGCUUACCUCAUCAUGGACGAGGUCGAAGGAAUCAAAGGACAAGUAAACUGGGUGCAAGAGAACAUCAAAAGUUUGCUGGCUUGUAUUGAUCAGACACAAAGAGAAAAGAUUAAACUGCAAGAAGAGUGCAAACAAUUGCUGAGAAGAAUCGAGGAGAAGGAGGAAGAGCUAAGAGCAUUCGAGACAAGUAUGGAGAAAGAGCGGCAAAGAAUGAGUGAUGUAGAAACGGAAUAUCGCUCAGAAUUGGAUGCAUUGCGAGCAGAGCAGCUUGAAGUGUUUCAGGAAUUUCGUCAAAUGUGCGAAACAGUUAAGCGUAAGGAUCUCGAACUGCUUAACAAAUCAAAACAGAUCAAGCUUCUUACUGCAGAAUGGAAGGAGAAAGAGGCUAAUAUGAAUGCACAGAUCGAAAACCUAGAGAAGGAGAACAAAGCAGUUUGGACGGAGAACAACGAGCUUCGGGUGGAAGUGGAGAGGUCAAAGAGCCUCACCGAAGACUACACAAGAAAGAUGAAAAACUCUGAAGAUAAUCUUAACAGUCUGUAUAAGAAACUUUCAAAUGUCGAUAGAAUAAUUUAUGAAUGCAAACAAAAAGGAUUAUACAAGUAGAUAAAAUCUCAUAUAACAUUAAUUACUCUUGGCAACCACAAUGGAAUAUAUAUAUGUAUAAUUUAUUGCAGUAAAUACACUGGCAACAUUAAAAUGUGUAAGGCCAUCGUACUGAAAAAGUAAAACUUGUUAGAAACUGUAUUUUGAAGGAAUUCUCAAAAUCCAACAAUCAAAAUAAGCAAUUGAAAGUUGUUGAU